AUGGUUGAGCACGACGAAGAUCUCGUUGCCUCGAAAACCGAGGGCUUCAAGGUCGGAGAAAAGAAGACAAUUGAAGAAUAUACAAAGCUAGACCAGAAUGACGAAUCGCUGAACCGCUGGAAGGCUUCACUGGGUCUCAACACUGGCAGCCCGAUCGGCGACCCCAACGACCCCAGGAAAUGCAUCAUCAAGUCCCUUGCCCUGGAGGUUGAGGGCCGUCCCGACGUGGUCAUCGAGCUGUCUUCUCCCGGUUCUCUCGAGAAGCUCAAGGAUAAGCCCUUCACAAUCAAGGAGGGCUCUACAUUCCGCAUCAAGGCCCAGUUCCAGGUUCACCACGAGGUGCUGAGCGGCCUCAAGUAUCUGCAGGUGGUGAAGCGCAAGGGUAUCCGCGUCAGCAGGGAUGAGGAGAUGCUGGGAAGUUAUGCUCCCAACACCACGGACAAGCCCGUCUACGAGAAGCGAUUCCAACCUGAAGAGGCGCCCUCCGGCAUGAUCGCCCGGGGCCACUACAAUGCCGUCUCCAAGUUCCUCGACGAUGACGACCACACCCAUCUCCAGUUUGAAUGGUCGUUCGACAUCGCGAAGGAUUGGUAG